AUGGCACAACACGGCUUCGGCCAGUUUAACGGCGCCCACGGUGGCGGCGGGAGCAUCGAUCCCAAUGACCUGGCCAUGGGCGGAAACUAUGGAUCAUCCUACUCAAACAACUAUAACUCGAACUCAAACUCUGCGAACAACCCAAGCGGCUUCUCCAGUGGUUCCGCCCUCUUCGGCGACGACGAGCUCCUCGAUGGUCUUGGAAGCCCGACUGAGGCCCAGCCCGGCAUGCAUGGUCAUGGCCAAGACUUUGCCGGCGGGAUGUCGGACAUGGGCAUGGGCUUCAACCAGACCAUCUACGGUUCUCACCACGGCUUGGACCAAAACCAUAUCAACGGCUACUCCAACACUCCAGACGGCGAUCCAAUCCAGAGCCCCUUCGUUCACAGUUUCAACAACUCGCAGUUCGGGCAGAUGCACCACCGCCAGGCGCUCGGCACCUCGCUUCAAUCUCCCAUAUCCUACUCCGGCUCACCUUUGGCUGGUUCGGAGCUGACUGGUGAGGCUGCUGACGCCAACUACCUCAACGCUAAAAACCGAGCUAGGAUGGCUCAGGCGAUGCAACGGAAGAGCUCCUCAACCAAUACCCGCAGCCCCAUGACUCCCAAGUCGGCAAUGCACUCCGUGCCCAUGGCGACACAGGAGUCUUCCGGCUUCGGCGCUCAGUCUAUCCGGACCCAAGGUAUCCACGAGAAGUCACCCUCUGGAGGCCAAUGGAUGCAGACCCCUGCGGGCAGCAUGGCAGCGUCGUAUGGCUCCGGUUUCUCGUCGCCUAUCCAGCCCGGGCUUGCUCAGCUCAACGAAGUUAUGAUGAAGGGUGGCACUUCGAUGCCUGCAAAGCUUGGUGUCCAGCCUGGCGGUGCAGUUUCGUCUCAGGAGAUGAAACGAAAGCGGCGCAGAGAGUCCCACAACCUAGUCGAGCGACGUCGACGAGACAACAUCAAUGAGAGAAUCCAGGACCUUAGCCGACUGGUGCCUGCGCAUCGCUUGGAGGAUGAGAAGAUUCGCAAGAUGAUCCAGAACGGUACCCCUCUGUCGCCUACGCUGUCCGGCAUUUCGAACCCUUCCCAAGCCACCUCGGGUCUCGCCGGUCCAGGCGCGCGCCGCGCAGCUGGCGCGACAGGCAACAUCACGACCGGCCUCCCUAUCGAGGACAAGGACAAGGGCCCCAACAAGGGAGAUAUUCUCAACGGCGCUGUCAGCUGGACAAGAGACCUGAUGUGGAUGCUUCAUUUGAAGCUUCAGCAGCAGGAAGAGCUGAUGAACGCCAUUGCGGAACUCGGCGGCCAUUUUCCAUUCGAGCUGACUGAGGAUGAGAAGCGCAUGCAAACCGAGCUGAUGGAAGCCAUCUCCAAGAACGACACAAUGGGCUACACGCGCACGAGCGGGUCCGGCCUCAGAGUACCCCAUCACACUGAUUUCCGCGGCGAACCCCUCAACGGCUCAGGCAGCUCGGCCGAGGCUGUCUCUGUCAGCCCGGGUGACAACAACAACAACCGCAAUGGUACGGGUCUGACCAAUGAUCUCGGAGCCGGCAACGAGUUCUGGAACGACCCUGAUGACGAUGACAGCGGCCCAGCAUCACUCAACUUCAAGGAAGAGGAUGAGUUCGGCAUGGAUUUGACACAAUAG